AUGGUUGUUUGGCUUUCCAAGGUUGGCUUCAUUAUUGUGAUAACCAUUCAACACUGGAGAAUGCAUAAAGUGCUGGUGCCUAAGCAUAGUGGAGCUCAUCGUUUUGCUUGUUUGGCACUUUAUCGAGCACUUCUCCGACAAUGCCGUCCUUCAACUGUAAACACUCCGUGGCUGGGUGAGAUCAAACCCCUCAUUCGACAGAAUUUCCGAAAAUAUAAGAAACUACAAAGCCCAUCGCAAACAGCAAAUGCCUUGAAGGCAGGCUAUGAGGCUCUAGAUCUCCUCUCUUCGUCGCAUACCAAUCAGCAUGAUGCACACCGAAUUACAACACUCAUAUCCAAAGCCAGGGCACAAAAAGAUAACUAUGCUGCGAUGCAAAGGAAAAUUCGGCCAGUAGCGCCACCUGCCAAAGCCCUUACGCCCAAGCAAUCCCGAAAAGAAAACUCAAUCCGCUUCCAGGAGGAAACAAAUCAGCGACAUCCGAACGCCACCUCGAUCCUAAACCGACCCCAUCCGUUGGGUGACAAGAAGCGCAAUGUCCCUGUACUUGUCAAUGCGCGCGGACUUCCAUUCUUGCGCUAUAAAAAGCCGCAGCCGAGAAACGUUAGCAGUGUGAUACGAACAAAACUUGGGAAUCGCUGGAACUGGAUUGAACGUCGAGACAGGUUGAAAAUAGAACUACUUUUCGCCAAGGACGAAGAGGAAUGGGAUCGCAUCACCAGAAUUCAGGAGCCAUCCACCUGGUCUGAGCAUCCUGCUAAUGCCAUUGUCGAUGUCAAUACGAAAAUCGCACACUUCGAUAUGCAUGCCAAAGAGCUUGCAGAUAACAUGUGGAAGAUUGUUCUAGCUGAAAAGGCUUUGGCGGAAGAAGAAGCUAGCCAAAAGCAGCCAAAGCAAUGA